GUUUCCGCUCCUUUCAGCAGCAGGAUGGCGGCGCGGAGGGAAGCGGGGAGUACGGCAGCAGCGGCGGCGUCGGGGCUUGACUCUCCCGUCAAGCAGGUUCAGAUCGACGGACUCGUUGUCCUGAAGAUCAUUAAACAUUUCCAAGAGGAGGGGCAGGGCAAUGAAGUGGUCCAAGGAGUACUUCUCGGACUUGUGGUUGAUGAUCGGCUUGAAAUCACCAACUGUUUCCCGUUCCCUCAACAUACAGAGGAAGAUGCCGACUUUGAUGAAGUUCAAUACCAAAUGGAAAUGAUGAGAAGUUUGCGUCAUGUUAACAUCGACCACCUCCACGUUGGCUGGUAUCAGUCAACUUACUACGGCUCUUUCGUCAGCCGGGCUCUAUUGGAUUCCCAGUUUAGUUACCAACAUGCAAUAGAAGAGUCUGUGGUCCUCAUCUACGAUCCAAUUAAAACCGCACAGGGUUCCCUUUCACUGAAAGCUUACAGACUGACUCCGAAAUUAAUGGAAGUUUGUAAGGAGAAAGAUUUCACUCCUGAAGGAAUAAAGAAAGCCCUCAUUACUUCAGAGAAUAUGUUUGAAGAAGUGCCCAUUAUUAUCAAGAAUUCUCACCUCGUUAAUGUUCUGCUGUGGGAAUUAGAAGAAAAGUCAAGUGUGUCUGAAAAGCAGGAACUCCUGAAUUUGGCCAGUGGAAAUCAUCUAGAGAAGAACCUCCAGCUUUUAAUGGACAGAGUGGAUGAAAUGAGCCAAGAUAUCAUUAAAUAUAAUACUUACAUGAGGAAUGUAACUAAGCAGCAGCAGCAAAAACAACAAUAUCUUCACAGACGCCAGCUGGAAAAUAGCCAACGACAAAGCAGAGGAGAGGCACCCUUGCCAGAAGAAGAUCCCAACAAGUUAUUCAAACCACCGCAACCGCCACCAAGACUUGAAACGCUGCUUGUUGCAGGUCAAAUCAAUGCCUAUUGCCAGCAGAUCAAGGAGUUCACAUCACAGAGCAUGGGCAAGUUAUUCAUGGCCGAAGCCCUUCAGGGUCACAACAGCUGAGGUCUCCGUUGGAGUGAUGUCACUUGAAAGUGGUUUUCAAAUUCAACAAAACUACCUUCUGCAAAGCAAGCCUGAAGCUGACUUACCUGUGAAGUGAGUUUAUGUGCAUCUGAGGCAGAUGUCGGGUUUAUAUGAAUUUAACAAAAAUAAAUGAAUUUGGUGAUCAAA